AAUACUAAUUCGCUCUUAAUGAAAGCCGUAGCAGAUAGUGUAGCCUUAUCUUCAACAAAGCAGCAGCGUCAGAGAAGAUGGCGACUCUCUCAGUUUCGAGCUUGAUUUUCCCGGCCAAAUCAAACUGCGCCAAACCGCUCUCCUCAUCUACAUUCCACGGUGUUCGUAUCGCGCACCUAUGCCCUACUCACCGCGCCGUCGUGUCGUGGAGCCGCGCCGCUUCGCCAUCCUAUUCGUCGGUGGUUAUGAUGGCGAAGAAAGAGGAGGAGCUGAAGGAGGUUAGGGAGAAGUCUACCGAACAGAUUAAUGAAGAGAUUGUCGACCUUAAAGGGGAGCUUUUCAUGCUCCGCCUCCAGCGAUCGGCAAGGAAUGAGUUCAAAUCUAGCGAGUUUCGCCGAAUGCGGAAAAGGAUAGCCCGAAUGCUCACGGUCAAGAGGGAGAGGGAGUUGGAGGAAGGAAUCAACAAGAGGCUGUCAAGAAAGCUCGACAAGAAAUGGAGGCAAAGCAUCGUUCCUAGGCCACCUCCAUCUCUGAAGAAAUUACAAGAAGAGGAGGCAGCAGAAGAAGCUAAGGAGUCAUCAGCAUGAGUUUUGCUUAGGCAUUUUCAAGGCAACUUUGCUACCUUCUUUUCAUUUUCGUACCUUUAGCUACUUCCACUUUCCUUAAUCUAAAAUAUUUGAUUUGGGGCAGAAUUUGAAACAGAUUGGGAAGCUGAAGAAUCACAUAAUGCUAGAGUUUUUUGUUAUUGAAA